AUGGCUCCUACUGUUCUCGCCUCUCAAUCUUUUGAUGCGCAAUUCGACUCAACACGAACCCAAACCAAGUUGUUUGCCGGAAAACCAAAGAAAACUACCUCUAUCACUCCAACGAUCUCUGAGGAGGAACUUUUUGAAGAGAAGUUCAAAAAGGCGUUCCCCGAGUACGUCGAGAGAAAGAAGGAGAAAUACACAUGGAAGCAAUAUUAUAUGAAGCAAAUGGAGAAAAAACAGAAGAAACAAGAGAAAAAGAUGAAAAAGUUGGUGUCGAGAAUCGGAAAAUCUACUGCGAUUCAACGAAGUGAAACCUCCAAGACAAAACUCAUUGAUAUUGCUGGUUCAACUUCUGGGAAGAAUCCAUCGAAGAUCCGCCCACUCCCUGCCAAACAAGCAAUCCAGCGAACUAUUACCGUCACCAAAAAUCGCCAAGUCACUACUACUCUUCACGGACCAACAAAAAUUCGUCGAGUUCCUCUCGUUGCUAUCACAAGGACAUUCACUCAAAAUGGAGCAUCUACGAAGAAAACCACUCCAUUGAUGCGAAAAUGUCUUCAGAUGAUGAAGAAAUAA